UGCCCUGUGUACUUCCCCAGCUAAUUCAUCCACCAAUUCUAUCCGCAUCUGCCCUCCCAGGACGCGCAGCUGCCAGCUAUGCUGCUGCACCCAGGAUCCACUGCUUCUUAGCAUCCUUUUGGGGGAAAAACUCCAGCGUGGUUGCCUGACCAGACCCCAGCCCCAUCUACAACUUCUCAGGUCCCUGUUACCUCUCCACCCCAGGGUCUACUCUGGCUUCUCUGGUUUUCUUUCUUUUCACUUCCUCUGCCCACAGCUCCAGGCUUUUCUUGGAUCUUAAUUUAGAGCCAAGAACCUUGUGAUUCCUUGAGCACCUACCGCUAGGGAGGGAGUCUGAGGGUAGGGGGAGGGAUGGGGAAGUCAAUCUGAGCAAGCCAGUGAGUGUGUGUGCGUGCAGGGGGGCCCUUCCAGCCCUCCCACCCCUCUGGCAGUGCCAGGCAUUUGUCUUAUGAUUAGCCCCAGGAGUCUGCAUCUUCAGGAGAAAGGAAUGAAGAGCUGGAGGGAUGGAAGGAAAGAGACAGAAAGAGAGCGACCAAUUGGAGAGUACAAUGCCUGCGUCCCUCACUGGAACUUCAGCGGUCGGAACGCGGGGGCGGAGCACGUCCUGCCGAAAUUUGCGACCUUAGAGCGGAAGUACGGCCGGAAGCCCACCAUAGAGUUUAGUGGCCAGAGCGACUCUUCGGGGAGGUGGCAGGAAAGGCUUGGAACAGCUGCCGGAGGUGACGGAGCGGCGGCCCCGCCCGGUGCUCUGGAGGUCGAAGCUUCCAGGUAGCGGCCCGCAGAGCCUGACCCAGGCUCUGGACAUCCUGAGCCCAAGUCCCCCAGCUCAGUGCAGUCAUGAGUGCGGAAGUGAAGGUGACAGGGCAGAACCAGGAGCAAUUUCUGCUCCUGGCCAAGUCGGCCAAGGGGGCAGCGCUGGCCACACUCAUCCAUCAGGUGCUGGAGGCCCCUGGCGUCUACGUGUUUGGAGAACUGCUGGACAUGCCCAAUGUUAGAGAGCUGGCUGAGAGUGACUUUGCCUCCACCUUCCGGCUGCUCACAGUGUUUGCUUAUGGGACAUACGCUGACUACUUAGCUGAAGCCCGGAAUCUUCCUCCACUAACAGAGGCUCAGAAGAAUAAGCUUCGACACCUCUCAGUUGUCACCCUGGCUGCUAAAGUAAAGUGUAUCCCAUAUGCAGUGCUGCUGGAGGCUCUUGCCCUGCGUAAUGUGCGGCAGCUAGAAGACCUUGUGAUUGAGGCUGUGUAUGCUGACGUGCUUCGUGGCUCCCUGGACCAGCGCAACCAGCGGCUCGAGGUUGACUACAGCAUCGGGCGGGACAUCCAGCGCCAGGACCUCAGUGCCAUCGCCCGAACCCUGCAGGAAUGGUGCGUGGGCUGUGAGGUUGUGCUGUCGGGCAUUGAGGAGCAGGUGAGCCGUGCCAACCAACACAAGGAGCAGCAGCUGGGCCUGAAGCAGCAGAUUGAGAGUGAGGUUGCCAACCUUAAAAAAACCAUUAAAGUUACGACGGCAGCAGCAGCCGCAGCCACAUCUCAGGACCCUGAGCAACACCUGACUGAGCUGAGGGAACCAGCUCCUGGCACCAACCAGCGCCAGCCCAGCAAGAAAGCCUCAAAGGGCAAGGGGCUCCGAGGGAGCGCCAAGAUUUGGUCCAAGUCGAAUUGAAAGGACUGUCGUUUCCUCCCUGGGGAUGUGGGGUCCCAGCUGCCUGCCUGCCUCUUAGGAGUCCUCAGAGAGCCUUCCUGUGCCCCUGGCCAGCUGAUAAUCCUAGGUUCAUGACCCUUCACCUCCCCUAACCCCAAACAUAGAUCACACCUUCUCUAGGGAGAAGGCAAAUGUAGGUCAUGUUUUUAUUGGUACUUCUUGUUUUUCGUGACUUCACGUGUUCCAUUGCUCCCCAUUGCCAUGCUCUCUCCCUCGUUUCCUUAAGAGCUCAGCAUCUGUCCCUGUUCAUUACAUGUCAUUGAGUAGGUGGGUAGCCCUGAUGGGGGUUGCUCUGUCUCGAGCAUAACCCACAGGCGUUUUUUCUACCACCCUAUCCCUGCAUGCCUGAUCCCCAAUUCCUAUACCCUACCCCUGACCUAUUGAGCAGCCUCCGAAGAGCCAUAGGGCCCCCACCUUUACUCAUACCCUGAGAAUUCUGGGAGCCAGUCUGCCAUUCCAGGAGUCACUGGACAUGUUCAUCCUAGAAUCCUGUCACACUACAGUCAUUUCUUUUCCUCUCUCUGGCCCUUGGGUCCUGGGAAUGCUGCUGCUUCAACCCCAGAGCCUAAGAAUGGCAGCCGUUUCUUAACAUGUGGAGACAUGGUUCUUUCUUGGCCCUGGCCAUCUCGGGAAGCUUGAUGGCAAUCCUGGAAGGGUUUAAUCUCCUUUUGUGAGUUUGGUGGGAAAGGGAAGGGUAUAUAGAUUGUAUUAAAAAAAAAAAAAGGUAUAUAUGCAUAUAUCUAUAUAUAACAUGACACAGAAAUAAAUCUAUGAGAAGUCUAUCUACAAACUACCCUGAA